GUAUGACUACAUUGAGAUCCGAGAUGGGGACAGUGAAGCGGCAGAGCUGCUGGGCAAGCACUGUGGGAAUAUAGCACCUCCUACCAUCAUCUCUUCUGGCCCCUCUCUCUAUAUCAAGUUCACCUCGGACUAUGCACGGCAAGGUGCCGGCUUCUCCCUGCGCUACGAGAUCUACAAGACAGGCUCUGAGGACUGCUCCAGAAACUUCACUGCUUCCAACGGCACUAUUGAGUCUCCAGGUUUCCCUGACAAGUAUCCACACAACCUGGACUGUGUCUUCACCAUCAUAGCCAAGCCAAAGACAGAAAUCCUCCUCCACUUCCUGCUCUUCGACCUCGAGCACGACCCGCUGCAGGCGGGGGAAGGAGACUGCAAAUACGACUGGCUGGACAUCUGGGACGGCAUCCCUCAGGUCGGCCCCCUGAUAGGCAGGUACUGUGGCACUAAGAUGCCAUCGGACAUCCGCUCAACCACCGGCGUCCUCUCGCUCACCUUCCACACGGAUCUAGCAGUGGCUAAAGACGGUUUCUCUGCUCAGUACUACUUGAUCCAGCAGGAAGUCCCAGAAAACUUCCAGUGCAACGUGCCGCUGGGGAUGGAGUCUGGCAGGAUCUCCAACAUGCAGAUCAGUGCCUCCUCCACCUACUCAGAUGGGCGAUGGACCCCUCAACAGAGCCGGCUCAACAGUGAUGACAACGGCUGGACCCCCAAUGUAGACAGCAACAAAGAGUACCUCCAGGUGGACCUCCACUUCCUGACUGUGCUCACAGCCAUUGCCACACAGGGUGCCAUCUCCAGAGAAACCCAGAAUGGCUACUAUGUCCGUACCUACAAGCUGGAGGUCAGCACCAAUGGGGAGGACUGGAUGAUGUACCGACAUGGGAAAAACCACAAGACAUUUCAGGCCAACGAGGAUGCCACGGAGGUGGUUCUCAACAAGAUCCACAGCCCGGUGCUCACACGCUUCGUGCGCAUCCGUCCCCAGAGCUGGCACAAUGGCAUCGCCCUGAGGCUGGAGCUGUAUGGCUGCCGCAUCACUGAUUCGCCCUGCUCCAACUUGCUGGGAAUGCUUUCCGGCCUCAUCCCUGACUCGCAGAUCUCGGCCUCUUCCAUCAGAGGCUACGACUGGUCUCCCAGCAUGGCCCGCCUGGUGAGCAGCCGCUCGGGCUGGUUUCCCCGUGUCCCCCAAGCCCAGCCUGGGGAGGAGUGGCUGCAGGUGGACCUUGGCGUCCCGAAGAAUAUCAAAGGCGUCAUUAUCCAGGGGGCUCGCGGAGGGGACAGUGUGACCACCACCGAGUCCCGUUCCUUCGUAAAGAAGUUUAAGGUGGCCUACAGCAUGAAUGGAAAGGACUGGGACUUCAUCCAGGACCCCAAAACAAUGCAAGCCAAGCUUUUUGAAGGCAACAUCCACUACGAUAUCCCUGAAGUCCGGAGGUUUGACCCUGUUCCUGCCCAGUACAUCCGAGUGCAUCCAGAGAGGUGGUCCCCAGCGGGAAUAGGAAUGCGCCUGGAGGUGCUGGGCUGCAACUGGACAGAUGUAAAGCCCACUGCACAGACUCUAGUGCCCACUUUGAAGAGCGAAGAGACCACCACCCCAUACCCAACUGAUGAAGAGGCAACCGAGUGUGGUGAUAGUUGUGGAGAAGAGGAGGAUUUCCACCUCCCUGCGAACUUCAACUGCAACUUUGAUCUCCCUGAAGACCUCUGUGGUUGGUCACACGACUUGGCAACGGGUUAUACAUGGUCUUUUCAGCCUACAAGCACCUGGACUGGCAACUCUGAACCAAGCCCUGAGACUGUGCCUGAUGGCAAGAAUUACCUGCAGCUGCAGAGCAGCAGAAGGAGGGAAGGCCAGCGAGCCCGGCUCAUCAGCCCCACCAUCUAUCUGCCCCGGAGCGCUGUCUGCAUGGUCUUCCAGUACCAGGCAUGGGGCAGCAAUGGGGUGAUGCUACGGGUCUGGCGGGAAGCCAGCCAGGAGCGCAAGGCGCUGUGGGUCAUCACAGAGGACCAAGGGGAGGAGUGGAGGGAAGGUCGCAUCAUCUUGCCAAGCUACGACAUGGAGUACCGGAUUGUGUUUGAGGGAUUUAUACGCAACGGCCUCUCAGGAGAGCUGGCCCUUGAUGACAUCCGGCUAGGCACCGACAUCCCGCUGGAGAACUGCAUGGAACCCAUCACAGCUUUCCCAGUGAACUUCCCAAGAAUGGAGGAUGACUUUCCGAUCUCUGAGCAAGACUUUGAAGACAACGAUGAUCCAGAUUACUUUGGAUCGGAUAGGAACGACACACUGUUCUCUACUAACUCUCCAGGAACCCCAAAGCUGGACAAAGAAAAAAGCUGGCUCUACACCCUGGAUCCCAUCCUGGUGACCAUCAUAGCGAUGAGCUCCCUUGGCGUCCUCCUCGGGGCCAUCUGUGCCGGUCUGCUCCUCUACUGCACAUGCUCGUAUGCCGGGCUGUCCUCACGGAGCUCCACCACGCUGGAGAACUACAACUUCGAGCUGUAUGAUGGCAUCAAGCACAAGGUCAAGAUGAACCACCAGAAGUGCUGCUCAGAGGCCUGAUGGGUGCCCUGGGGAUCACCCUCGGUGUUGGCACCCAGUGAGGUGGGCUGGCAGGGGCUUACAUUUUUUGCUGUUUUCUAUUGGAAAUGAAUGCCAUAACGGGGAACGAGGGGCACAGGAGGAGCGAGGGGAGGCGCUGCUCCUGCUGCCAGCUCCCACCGUCCGGUCACGCUCCACCAGGACUGAGCAGGCGUUCCCGCAAACCGGACUGUGCCAGGCGAGGGGGGACCGAGACCCUUGAUUGUUGGUUCAUCUUCAUUUUCUGCUGAUGCGAGUGGCUGGGACGUGGCGAGGGAGACUGGUUUGCCUUUUGGAUGUGAGAAACUGAAUGUUGAUCGUUAUUUCCCACCUCCUUUCUCUGGUGAGUUGCUGAGAAGGCUGAGGGAUUUCUUCAGCCACCCUGUCUUUAGAAAUAACACACACACACACACACACACAGAGACCCUGUCAAUUUUAGACCCUGUCCAGAUACCUUUUUGGCUGUAGGGAUUUGUGCACUUCACACUAAGUCCAGGAAGCUGCAGUGGAAGGAUGUUGUUACCUUCAACUUUCCUUCUCCUGGUAGGGAGGAAAGGUGGGAUACUGGCUCUGGUGUCGAUGGUAACAACAGUGCUUUCUGAAGUCGUUAAGAAAUAAACUAGAAAGGAAACCCUGUGUGUAGAAGCACCUCUUUGAGAGAAGCUGAAGAGCCUUAAAGUGAUUUGUGAAUAAGAGCCAUUUAUUAAAUCCAGAUCUUGGAUUGCAACAGCUGAGGCCUUCAUCAGGAAGGCCUUUCUUUGAAUCUCCCACCCCACUUGAUCCUGCCCUUUUUCUUUUUUUUCUUUUUUUUGCUAUAAUGAGAAAAUCGCAGCAAACAAAAGAUAGAGCCUGCCAGGCUCCCGGUGCUCAGGCGACGGCUUUGGGAAGGGGGCUUCACUCGGGGUUUGACUUGAGGCACAGCGCUGAGGCCUCUCCAAAGUGCCAGGGAGGGAAAAUGAACAGGGAAGGAGGCUGGAGCCAUGCCCACAGCCCCGGGAGCCCGGCCGUGGCGCCCACUGGUCCCCCUCGCCUUUGCGGUGCUCCCCCUCUCCCUGGAGCUGGGGGGUGCGAGCUGGCACUGUCAGCACCGAUGGACCAAACGGCUGCUGUCGUAUCCCCUUUGGAGCAAAGCUGUGCUGCUCCUGACCAGCAGCAAAAACCCGAAGUUUUAUUUAUGAGCUGUGUUUUGUUUUACUUUGAACAAGUGCCUUAGAAGAAGUAUUUUUCCUCCAUCUGAUGAUCAGUGCUGUAUCAAACAAGAAGUGAGGCCUUCAUCCUUCCCCAGCAAAACACUCUUCUUCACCACUCUCUACCAGGUAGAGCCCGGCUGAAGAAGUCUGGUCCUUCUACUCUCAAGUGGUCUGGCUACAUUGUCUGGCAGCUGAUAGCUCUCCACUUACCACUGUGCCGUGGGAGAGGAGUGUUAUGAAAACAAUUUAAUGGGGAAAAAGAGUUCAAAUGCUGGGCCCCAAACCAAUGCCUUCAUUUCCAACUCGGUGCAGACGGAUCGCCCCUGUCAGCUUGCACAUAUAUAAGUGAGAAACCUUUCCAGCACGUUGUGUUUGCUUUUCCAGGGGCUCUUUGGAAAUACCUGACAUGUCCUGAUUUUACAUUUUGCCUAGCAAAUAGUUUGGGUUGGGGAUGGAUUUUUUUUCCUCACCAACCGCAGAGCACCGAAGGUGUGAUGUGCUGUGAAGCUCAGUUUGCACAGCCCCUGCAAACACUUCCUGCAGGAGGCCAGGUGUUCAGGGAGACGAGCAACAGCUGGAGAGGAGAUGAGCACGGACAGUGCCACAGCUGCUCCUCGGUGCGGUGGGAAUAGGAACAUUUGUCUAGUGUUUCAUGAAAAGCUCCACCAGACAGUAAGUUUUUAGGAAAAGAAAGAGACUUCUCCACUGUAAGAAAGACACGUGUUACUGGGGAAGCAGCAGCUGUGUCAUCAAAACAUCCACAGUUCAUACACGCACACUCAGAGACGCGCACACACAAAGGCCUUCAUUUUUUUAAUUCACACUGUGCACCCAACAGAAAUGGCAGUAAAUGUAUCUCAGAUUCUCCUUUCGAAUCACCUUAUUUCUUUUGGCAUUCUUCGUGGACAAAUUCCCCAGGGGUGUUAUUUUACUGUACAAAAGAAACAGAGGCAGUAAGAGGAAAUGUACCAGACCAUUUCAAAGCUGGAUUGCUGCUGCUCAAUGAUUUUAUCCCCUUCAAAUCACAGGUGAGGGGAAGGAUGAAAGGAAAAGGACCAUACAGUAGAAAAGUCGACUUAGGCAAACAAUAGGUGAAAAUAUAUAAUUAAAAAGGUGAUGUUAUGGUGUCUAGUAGGCGUACAGAGAGAGGAGUUCGUAUAUACAUAUAUUCAGAAAUAGUGUGUUUGCACACGCACGUGAAUUCUCUGUAUGUAUCGUGUAUGUGACUUAUUCCGUGGGACUGACUCGUGUUAAUAUAUCUCUUGAUCUGGGGCAGGAGAGUACUGCUGAUCUUGGCACUAACUUGGCAUGGGCCCAGCAAAGCGUCCGCCCUGCGUGUCCCACUUGCCCCUUCCAGACGGGGCAGGGCCCACGCGCGUGUGCUUGCCGGGCGGGAGCAGGCCAAUAAUGCUGCAAAGCCGAUACCUCACUUACCUCUGCUGGGUGCUUUACUGUUCUACAGAAAACUGUGUUUGAUUGUAACUUCAACAGGGAAAAAAAAAAAGUCAUCCGUGCAUUCAAUUCAUUGCAUCCUCCUCUGCAAAUAGAUUAGGUUUGCUGAUCGCAAUUCCCUCUGUGAAAUUCAGAAAAGAAAAAAAAAAAAGAAAUUGGUAUUAAUGCCAUUGCUGAAAUGGGCUGUUGCCUCCACAGCCUUCCCAUGGCAAGGAAAUGUUGCAACCGGGCAGGCUGUAGUGCUGCGUGAUUUCAUUUUGUGUGAAGGUGCCAGGGGUGAGCAUGGGAAUUAAACCAUUAAGAAAUUAUAUGCAGAAAUGGAACUUCUCCAAGGUUUGCAGUUCAAGGUAUUUGACUGUUCACUGGCUGAGCCAGGACUUAUGGACUUAAAGAGCUUUUACUGUGAUUCUUCGGUGUAAAAAAAAAACAAACAAAAAAUCAACAAAAAAAAAUCAAACUGUGUUUAUAUGAUUUGUAUAAAAACCUUUUAAAAUUACUAUUUAAUAAACAUUAUGGUAGAGA